AUGCCAGGUCAUCACCAUUCUACACGACACCAACAACAACAUCAUCAUCAACGAUGUUCUCGUCAUUAUCAUCGACGUGCACGAAAAGUCCCACAAAUAAUUGAAAUUUCCAAGGAUAUGGCUACAUCGAAAAUUCAAGUUUCAAUCACAUCCAAAGGUUCAAUCGAUACAAAAAUCGUGUUGGACCCGUCAGUGUUUAAUUCACCAACAGCAACCGUCUCCUCACCAUCAUCACCGUCAUCUCCACUUCAUUCAUUAACAACAACAGAUACACACAUACCACUCAAUCCACCACUAAUUGAACUUCCAACACCACCACCACCACCAUCACUUAGAAAUAUUUUGUUCGAUAUGGGAAUGUGGGAAACAAACAAUUUUGAACAUCUUCCAUAG